AUGGAUCGACAGGGCCAUACUUCGGAGGGACUCGGAUCUGAUGACGAAAUCGGAGAUAUGACGGCUGCCUCUGCAGAACAAGCCGGCAUAGGCAAGAGCGACGAAUCAGUCCAGAGAGGGGAGACUUUGGCUUCAGGCGCUGGGAACUCGGAAGAUGAAGAGAGCAAGAAUAGUUUCAUUUUGGAGCCACCACCACCAGAAGAUCGAAGAUCCGUCGAAAUGAUCGGCGCGGAUGCACUCAAGCCUGCCACCGAAGGGAGGAUCGAUAUUGACCGAGAGUCCAAAUUGGAUUCGUCUACAAGAGACUUUAACGCUGCAGUGUCAGAGAGGGAUAUCGACUUGGCUCUUCAGACACAGGGCUUAGAACUAGCGGAUAGCCAGCGAGCUGAUGAGCUGAUUCAACUCGGUGGAGGAUCAACUUUCAGAACCAUCGAAUUGGAACAAGGACUUGAUCUUGAGUCAAAGGCUGCUCGAGAGCAGACCAAUUUAGCUGAGGUCGCAGAACGAGUUCCCAAAUCCACAGAGCUAGAAGACGAUGGAUGGUCACCUUUACAUGCUGCCGUCGAAAAUGGGGACUGGGAACUUGUCAACAAGUUGAUGGAGAAAGGAGAAUUAUUAGAAGUCGCUGCUAAAGAUGGAAGGAAGCCCUUACUAAUCGCUGCGGAGAAAGGAUUCGUGAAGAUCGUCGAGCUGUUGGCGAGCAGCGCCUCAGUCGAAUCUUUCAACGAGGUGGAUCACUCAACAGCCCUCAUUCGUGCAUGUGAGCAAGAACAUGAUGCCGUGGUCAAAUUUCUGAUUGAGAGCGGUGCCAAUAUCGAGGCCAAAGGCAAGGAUGGUUGCACACCUUUGCUCAUCACGGUGAAAUCUCGAAACUACAACCUGGUGAAAUAUUUGCUUCAGCAUGGAGCAGACAAGAGAGUGACGUUGGAGGAUGGAAAGACGGCCGAGGUCCUCGCCGAAGACGAUGAGGGCCUUCUCAAAAUUCUCAGGCAGAAUUACCUACUUCAAGGCCCUGAGAUUGGAGCCAAGAAAAGCGAUCCCGAGCUGCGGUUCAGAUAUGUCCGAGCUCCUGACGAGCCAAAGAGCCAUGAUAAGAAGGCUGCUUGUAAGGCCGUACAGGCAGAAGUUGUCCAGUUUUUCAUCGGCCGCCGCGAGGAGCGUUCUCAGCCACUCGUAGUGUCCGUUUAUGAGCUCAUAUACGGAAAAGGGCCCGAUGCACUAUUCAAUCCCCCAGCAAUGAGUCCGCCGCCCGGCUCACCCAUCGGCUCUCGAAAAGACAGGGGUGCAAAAGGGCAGCCAACCUUCACAUGGUACCAUAUUCCAGCAAAUAACCCCACGGCCGCAAUGCCGGACGACAACCUUCGAUCAAAGUUGGGUCUGAAUUUAGUCAAGGGACGUGGCGCGCGACUCAAAACACCGUCCUUCUCUUAUAUGCGACCAUUUGCCAAGUCUCUCAAGAUACCCUUCCUCAAUUAUGAGACGUUCACAAACCACAUUGAGAUGACAGAUCACUUGAACAGAAUUAAUGGCCGAAACUCUGUGAACUUUGCCAUUCGGCCUAAUCGUACGCACGGGAACCUACAUGGGCUUCUAGCGAGUCGUUCUGGUCUACCACCAAUGUUUCCUCCUCCACCACCGCCGCCUCCACCUCCCUUUGAUCCUCGACCUCCAAUCUCAAGUGCUGCGAUGGCACCACCAACCACUAUGACCCUUGAUAUGAACAUUCGAGGGGGAUCGGGGCCGCCAUCGCCUAUUCCACAGUCUCGACCACCAAAAGCGGCUCACAAAAGGACCUUGGCUUGGUUGGCGGGUGGAAAAUCAUCCAAAUCCACCAAGAAGAAGAGUAGGAAAAGUGGAGGCCUCGUAUUGGAUCGCGGAAUUGGGAGUGAGAACCCCAAUGCGCUUCUCAUACGGGGAUAUGGGCUCGCGGAGGAGAACGGUCAGGUCCCAUUCCAGCCACGGAGGACAUUAGAUCAGUACUUCUACUCACACCUAGACAACACCGCUCACCGUGACAGAGACCAAGUAGUCUAUCGCUACACCAAAAAUGAAGAGGGCAAGAUCUUCAUGGUUGAUCAGAUGUGGUUGUGGAUCAUUAACGGAGAUGAGGAAGACCUCCUCCGAGGCCCAUCUAUCGAGCACCAAAAACCGCCAAGCCCGAUAUAUGAGCCUUUGAUGACUGCGGCUCAUGGAAUUCAUGGAGAACCGAGCUUGAUCUUCGACGGAGUUGACUCCAUCCCGGAUAUUGAGGAAAACGAUCCGCCUAUCGGACACCGUUAUCCUCGAGUCCCUCCUCCACCAAAAGCCCCUCGGCAAUCAAGAAUCAAGCGUCAUGCAGCAGAUGAUCCUAUGAAUGUUCAUCAUAAAGUCCUACGCCAUUUGAAAGAGACUUCACGGCCACCCAUCGAUACCGUAUAUGACCUGGCUGCUCUUAUCGCCACCUGCUGCGCCUCAGCGUUUGAUGAGACCCAAAUACCCGAGGACAUGCAAUUUUUGGAUUUCUUCGAGAGCUCGAUAGGCAGUGUAAUCGAAAAAGGAACACAUAGCCUCCACGAGUUUAAGUCGGGCCUAAGUUUCAGCCACAACCGCCACGAAGAACAGGAUUUGCUUGGCGACGAGCCAACAUACGAUGACCUCAACAUCACGACAGAGAUAGAUCUUCUGGUUGAGAUCGAAGAUAUACAAGACGAAUUGCACAUAUUGAAAGUGGUUUUGCGCGAUCAAAAGAGAACCAUGCGACAGCUCGAUGAGAUUUUACUACAGGGAAGAAAGAAACCCGGUGCUGUCACCCACGAAGGCGAAGAGAUUAAUUCCAUGAUCAAUAUCAGCUGCAUCGAAAAUCAUAUGUCUCGCAUCGGCGAGAUGGAGAAAUUGGCUGAGAAGGCACACAAAUCCCUUUACCACCUGAUCGACCUGAAGCAAAAGCAAGCCAACUUCUCCGAAGCCAUUUCGGCACGCAUGUUGGCAAGAGAAACAGCCAAAAACACACAGCUUCAAAUCAAGCAAAACGACGAGAUCAGUAAACAAGCAGAGGAAACUGCACGACAAGGGAAAACGUUGAUGGUCUUCACUGUUGUCACAAUCAUUUUCCUACCUUUGUCAUUCAUGGCGGCAUUCUUUGCCAUAAACAUUGACAUUUUCCCAAUUAAUGAGGACGGAAAGCUGGAGUUCGGCUAUAUCCUGAAGUACAUGCUAAGCAUCAGCCUCACUCUGGCCAUCCCAUUUGUCCUACUCGCAUUGAGAAUAAAUGACGUCAAGCAGGCAGCCCAUGGUGUCAAUAGAGGAUUUCGCAGUGCCCUCGUAUCUCCUCGUCUCAUCCCAGUCUUAGGGUAUAUCACCCUGAGCCUGAUUGUUGUUGUCGUUCCAUCAAUUGUGUGGACAUCAAAGCUGGCUACCACGGCCAAGGUCGCAGUUACGGCUGAUGUCAAUCGCGAGGAGAUCCAUGAGCGUGACUAG